ACAGUUUUUCCGCUGCGGCCACGCGGCCAUCAAAGCCGACGACGUCUCGGCGUUUUUGUUGUCCCCACUCCCCUCCCUCUCCUCCUCUCCCGUCUUCGCGAGACUCGUUCUCCCCCACCUCCCUUCUCUCUCUCUCUCUCUCUCUCUCUCUGGGCUUCGGAGCGUCUCCUGUCGUCGAUCAUCAUGACGUCGGGUUGGGAGAAUGUGGGAAGAGACAGAAGAAUAGUGGUUUCUGAAAGCUCGGAGAAGGGCCGGCCGCUGCCCAAAUUUGGAGAUUGGGAUGUGAACAAUCCUGCCUCGGCUGAAGGGUUCACUGUUAUAUUCAACAAAGCUCGAGAUGAAAAGAAGACAAGUGGUAAUCCGGGGGUCGCAAACUCUCCAAGGAGAAACAAUAUGGGUGGUUUAAAACCAGAUGAGACCUACCAAUAUCCAAGAAAGAGUAAAAAGUGGUUUUGCUGUGGUUGAAUACUGCUGCUGGAGGCCCGAGGAAUUUGGUGCUCAUCAUGUAGGGAUGCUAUGAUAUAAAGAGCCUUCUUUGUUGGCAAGCUGCUUCCCUUUGUGUUGCUACCCAUUUCCUGUGGUCCUCAUGUAUCUGUCUUAUAUGGAGCAAAAAGAAAGAAACAUAGUGGACGGACAACCUUAUAUUUAUUCUUGAAUUUUUCUAUAUAUUUGUGUGUUGGUGAGGCCUGACUUGAUUGUUUACCUCUUUUUCUAUGUUUCUUGGUGUGAGAGUUGUUAGAACGGUAAUUCGCUUUAGCUGGUAACAAGACCAUAUAUAAGAUAUAUUUAUUAUAAAAUUUUCCAUGCUGUUUUCAUCA